CUACAUUAACACACUUCACGGUAUUCUCUCUCUCUCCGAUUUCAGUCAGGUUUAUUUCAAUAUUUGACGUCCAAACGAUACGCUUCCUGAGAUCGGAAAUCGGAUACAUACAUACCUUCAAUUCAAUGCUUAUUGAUAUAAUAUUUACUUGAGGCUAUUUCAUCUGCGAACAAAAUUGGAACAAUAUGCUGUGGUUAAGUCUCUCAAUUGAUGUAUUCCGAAGAGCUGCUACCUCCUUGCGUGUCUAUUGUAGGAUCAUAUUGUAGAUGAUCGCCUUCAGUAUCUGAUUUUCGAUAUAAUUAACCGAUGGGAUCCAAUCACUUUUCCUUUCUUGAUCAUUCUAUGCACAUGAUUAGCUGAAAGUAUUGUGUUCUUCUUAAUUGGCUUUUGAAAUUUUUCUAGCUAGACAAUUAUUGUUUCUCUUGAAGUUUGAUAAGAGUGUAGUAGAAAAAAGUGAUGGUGUGCCAAAAAGCGAGCCAAACACGAUUUCGGGCAUUAAAACACGAGAAUAGUGGGAUUUCAGGAAGAGCCACCAUCAUAGUUAGAGUAAUAGCUUGCUUUCAACCUUUGCAAGAUUGUCAGGCCGAGUAUUUUCGUCACAUGCUGAAACCCGUUACGUAAUUUCGCUACCUCAUUGACGUGUAAUUCAAGCUAUAGGAGAUUUCGUUUCUUGUUUUUCCUUCUUCUGUUUCAUUCCUUGUAAAUUAUCGGGCUUUGCUGUUAUCCUGGUGAUUUUCUCUGCUGCUGGAUGGUGAAAGUUGGAGAUUUUCCGCUCUCUGAGCAGCUAUCUGCUUAUUACCCCUUUCCGUGGUUUGACAACAUAAAUGAAACCCACAGUUCGUUACAGUGUACCCCUGGAAAUAACCCUUCAACCCUCUGGCCAGUUUCUGGGCCUUCUGAUAGAAGGUUCAUCAUCUUUGAUCAGACUGGUGCUGAUAUUAGAACGUUCUUAAGUCCCAUUUGUCCUCUUCCACCUAAUACAUCCAUUGAUGCUGGUGAAUUUCUUGAAAAAACACAGUCAUCAGAAAUGAAGCAAGAAAUUUCCAUCAUCCCCAAAAGGCCAGUGAUGGAAAAAAGUGGGAUGCAUGAAGAAGACAGUGACGAAAUAGAUGCAAUUCUCUAUUCAUCCGACGAAGACAGUGAUGAAGGCGAAGUAACAAGCACUGCUACUUCUCCAUUUUGGACCUCCACGAGUAGCUGCAGGAAGCGUGAGUUACAGUAUGAUGGGAACAACAUGACUAACUGCAAAAGGCAGAGGCUACUUGACGAUGAUCACAAGCAACCGAGAAAUGUGGAAAUGGGUUGUAAAAUUGGGGAGAGAGAAUUGAAGAGGGAUAAUAUUCAGGAGACAUUGACAGCAUUGAAAUCAAUAAUCAUCCCAAGUAGGAAGAUGAACGACCCAUUGUUAAUUAUUGAAGAGGCCAUCUGUUACUUGAAGGAUUUAAAGAUGAAAGCUCAGGCAUUAGGAGUUAGUGAGAUAUUGCAGUAAAGUGAAAAUGUCCAAGCUUUUGAGUGUUGCAGGUGAGAUUUAAAGAGGGAAGAGAUGGACUGAUUGAAUAAGAGUAAGGUUUUGAAGUUGUGAAUGUAUGAAGUAAGUUGUAAUGUAAUGAUCAUAAAUAAAUCAGCUUGGUAAUAAAUCCCAUUAUCUUGUACAUGA